CAGCAGGUUUGCCAUUUCACAAUUACCAAUCGGACAUACUCCAACUGUAACUGCAUGUCGCGUCUUUGCAUGGCAGCGAACUCUAGAGCUUCUUCCUUGCUACCAAAGACAUAUCGAAGGUAUAGCCUACUGCAUCAUACUUAUGUUGACAGGGUGUUGCCCUCGCCUGACGUUUUAACGCCGUUCUUUAUUUCUAUCUGGCUGGUCAGGUCUGCCAGGCCUAGACGCUACCGAAUACAAUUGAAACGAUAUGACAUUAGUAGUAUAUAUGAACCCCAAGGUAAUGAAGGAAGGGACUUGCCGCACCUGAGGCGCAGCCCAGUGGAAGUGAGAUAGCUGUGGGCGCUAGUUCACGGACGCCAGGGCUGGACGCAAUUUCCAAGGCAACAAAGCUUUCGAAGCUAGGCUACCCUGGCUGCUAAGUUAGCAUCCGUGACUGUGGAUGCCGUACAUACUUUCCAUAUAGUCUUUCGGCUACAUUCGUGGAGGUUCAGAAUUGGUUAAACGGCGACAAGUGAACCCGACGUGACAUGGAGCUGGCGGGAGCAUCUGAGGCCGGGCCUUCAGUAGCCGAAGCUCUACCAGCAAGCGCAUCCACAGCCCCUGCAGCAACAACCACGUCCGGCAACACUGUUGCUUGUUCCGAUGGCAGCGCCCACAAGAGGGGGCCAGCUGGCGGUGGCUGCUGCGUGCAUGUAUCUCUGGAGGGCAACGCUGGGGGCCCCUGCCCGGUCCAGCUGCCGCUAUCGGAGCUGGACCCCUCAGGGAGCGGCGAGGUGAUGGUGGCGGACCUCAUCACAGCGGCUAUCAAGGAACUCAGGACGAGGUAUGGCAAGGUGCGUGCCGGAGCCUCUGUAACCGCGUUCCUGUUGGGCUCCGGAAGCACUCCCAGCAUCGAUGGUGGAGCAGGAGCCGGGAAAGGAACCGGAGGCGGGGAACGUAGAUUGCUGCCCACCUUUGAUUGCCUGCCGCACGACAUACUAACGGCGGCAACGGCAGCCGGGAUAGCUGGCGGCGGCAGCGGCGGCGGCGGCCUGGUGAUGGUCGUACUGCAGGGGGUCACGUGCGGAGAAGCCCCCGCUAACGCGGUCGCGGUGGAAGCUGCGGCGGCGUCAGACGCAGCGUUGAAGCUGGUUGAAAAGGCUCCAGCGCUCUCCAUCUCCACCGUUCCCCUGCCUGGUUUCACAGACACCGCCGACUCGACGUCCCCCACCGCUGCCCUGGCCGGCGCCUCCACCCCAGCUGCCGUAACCCCCCCUGCUGCCGGCACCCCUCCCACGGCCCCUCGCGUCAGCUUCAACCCAGCCUUCGCCCUCAGCCCUAAUAACAGCAACAGCCCCGUCUUCGUUCCCAGCCCCAGCCUCCUGCUCCGAGGUCAAGCCCUGGACGGCGCCAACGGCUCCGUACCCGGCCGUAUUAUGGGUCAGGGACACAGGAGUGUACGGCUUCGGAACGGCAGCGCUGAUUCGGGCGUCGAGACGCUGCUUGUUGAGUCGGCGGCGCCGUCAGUGACGUCUGUGAGGUCCUCUUGGCGAGGGACGAAGCGGCUGCCGCCGCUUCGGACGGCCUCCAGUGGUAACAUGGGCACUGAGGGGGCUGGCCUGACGCGCCAACGGAGCGAAAGCUCCAUUCCCUCGCUCGGCGGCACCUCCCUGCAGCAACUCACACGCACCCAGAGCUCGAGGCGGAUGCGGGGAAGUGAUGACUUGGCGUCCUUGGAUUCCUUCACCCGCGGAGCCGGCGGUAAGGAUGCAGGCACGGGAGCCGCCGCCGCUGCUGCUGCCGGUGCUGCUGUCCCUGCGGGCGGCGGUGGUAAAGGCAGGGGUGCGGAGGAGGAGGGCAGGGGAAAGCGAGCGAGUCGCCUGGGCGGCGGCGCCAGCAUCAAGCAGGACCCCGUCAUGACGUUGAAGUCGCUGGACAGCGCUCGGGAGGAGGAGGCUGAGGGGGAGGAGGAGGGUGGGGCAGCCGCGCCAGGCCUAGCUUCCGCCGCCGCCACUGCAGCCGCCGCCCGGAGGUCCAACGCCGGAGCGGCGAACGACGGCAGCAACGGCGGAGCGGGGGUGGGCGACGGCGCGGUUGGCAGUGAGGGGCUUGCUGCGAAGAAGAAGGAAGGGCUGUUCGUGCGCAGCGGUACACCGGAUGACGAGUACGGCGGUGGCGAUGAUCGUGAUGACGCGGAGGAGGAGGAGGAGGUGUACCUGCCGGCCCCGGGAGCAGACUGGUGCUCCUUCCUGGGUCCCGACCUGCUGGCCAGCUCCCCUGGGCAGUCCUCAGGCGGCUGCCUGGCCUUCCUGACUGCCUGCUCGCCCGGAACAAAGCUUCGCCAGCAGCAGCAGUGGCGGGAGCGGCUGAAGUCCGCGAUGAAGGCACGAGACAAGACGGAGGUCGGCGACUGGAUUGACUUCCACAAGGGCCGCAACGGCAGCCACAGCCAGGCGGAGCUGGAUGCUGCCAUGUGGAUGGCUUUGGAGAACCGCGCACCAGAGCUCGUUAUGCUGCUGUUGCGGGGCGGAGCAAAGCCCAAUGCACCGCGGCCGCAUGGACCCGCCAUCGGGCCGGCGGCGGCGGCAGCGGCAGCAGCCGCCGCCGCCGCUGGCGGCAGCACCAGCGGCAGUAUGGGCGGCGGCGGCCGGCGGAGCAGCUUGAUGGGGAACAAGACCCGAGUGGCCGCCGUCGCGUCGGCGACGACGGCGGUGGCGUCGGCGACGACGGUGGUAUCAGCGGCGGGCGUGUCAGUGGGGCUGGUGCCCUCAGCGGCGGCGCUGGCGGAGGCGGUGGAGGGCCUUACGCCGCUGAUGCGUGCAGCGCAGCUCGCGUCGGUGUCCCUGGUAGAAGUUCUGUUGACGGCGGGUGCUGACGCCGCCGCAGCGCAGCCCGGUAACGGCUGGACGGCCCUGCACCAUGCCGUGCUGGCGUCGCCGCCGGGGUCCCGCAUACGUGCGCGGUUAACAUCCGCCAGCGGCGGCGCCGAGGAAGGGGUUUCGGAGUCGACGUCACCUGAUGACCGUGGGUUCAAGGGUGAGGAGGACGCUUCCCUGCGUUGCGCGAGGAUGCUCCUGCAGCGUUUGGGCAACCAGCGUGCGAGUCAGCUGCGAACGCGGGGACGGUAUCAGGACGAUUUGCUGCGGUUCGCCGUACGGCACGGCAGGACCGCUGCCGUACGGUUCCUUCUCGUCAACGGUUUCAAACCAACGAUGGAGGACGCCCGCAGCAGCGGAGAUUCUGCAUCCUGCGCUUACCUGGCUGGUCGGCUGGGGGUGACGAUUGAGGUUUGGAACCUGCAAGCGCCGGCCGUACCGGGCUCCCGGCAACCCACGUCCUCCUCUUCCGCUGCAAAGGCUGCGCCUAGGCUGCGGGACCCUGACCUGCCUGACUCUUGGCGCCUGAGUGCGGAGGAGCGGCGGUUCUGGACUUGGAGGCGGCAGCUGCUGGUGGGGGCGGCGGCGGCAGGGCGUACGGAGGUGAUUGAAACGGUCCUCGCCAAGCCGCCGCCGUACGACAAGCUCCGUCGUGACGAGCUGGCUGCAGCGCUGGCGGCCUGCCGUACACCCUCCUCGCCCUCCUCCUCCCAGCUCCGGAACCACCAGCGGCGGCAGGUGGAGGAGCUGCUGCUGCGGCACGCGCACGCCUACAUGUCUUGGGAGCGCGAGGUGCUGCCGGGGCUGCAGCGGCUGGAGGCGGGGGUGCUGGGGAACUGGCUGGCGCGGGAUAAGCCCACACCUAGCGAGGUCGAACGCGCACUUGUUGCCGUACUCUGCUCAGAUCGCCUCACCCAGCCAAUGCUGAGUGAUGCGGCCGUUACCGUUGUCAGGAUUCUGUUGGAAGCCGGAGCGGACCCUAACCAUUCCUGGGAGGCCGCAACCUGCCCGAUUCAGUUACCUGUCACGACAGUUGGUACGGCAUUGGGACCCGAACCCGGGGUGCUGCGGCCGUUGCUGGUGGCGCUGCGAGCCCCCGCACCGGCGGUCGUGCAGGCGCUGUUGAACGCCGGAGCGGACCCAUGCAUGACCCAUGGGACACCUACCGGUGCUGAGAACGCCUUGUGCUAUGCUGUACGUGUCGCGGCGGCCGCCGUACGCUGCCGUGAUGAAGGCGUGGGUCUGGAUGCAACCGCUGCGGCUGCGGCUGCUGAGGAUUGCAUUUCGGAACUGCUGGAAUGCGACAAACACCGUUCCCAGCUGCUGCUUCCAGGGCCCACUCCUCCAGUCAACAUCCGGGGUAACAACAACGAAGGCGUCGGUGACGUCUCCCAGCGUCCGCAAGGACAACAGGCGCAACUGCAGGGCUUGUCACCGGCGUUCAUUGCGGCCGUUAAUGACCUGCCAAAGGUGCUGAGGAAGCUCUGCGAGGCUGGAGCUGACCCGUGGGUCACUACUGUGCCCGCGCCGCCAGGCGCACCUCCAUCUCCACGCGAACUCUUGCUGCUGUCUGGAAGGGACCCGUCCACUGGCGGUGCCGGAAACGGCACCAACGGCGCUGAACCGGAGCGCUGGUCCGUCGGACACGAGGCCGCACGUUGUGGUGCGUUGAGCGCCUUGCGUGUGCUGCUCCUGCUAGGACCCGGCAGUAGCAGCAGCAGCGGCGGUAGCGGUAGUGCUGCUGGUGCCGCAGUCCGCAACCUUGCAGUCAGCCCAGGCGUCAUGGCCACUCGCCGCCGGGGUGCCCUCGUGGGAGCCAUCCGGGGAGGUCGUGUGGGCACCGCCAAACUCAUCUUGGAUGCGGAGGCCGCCGCCGCCACCGCUGCGGCGGCCGCCGCCGGCGUCGGUGACGGCAGCCUGUACGAAGCAGAGCUGGCGGCGGCGCUGGCCCUUUGCAAGGCCAGUUGUAUGACAACGGAUUCUCCGCUGCCGCCGCCGCCGGGCCUUAUCACCAUCCCUGGCGCACAGGACCCGCCAAGAUACGACGCAUUGGCAGCGUUCCUUUCCUCGCGUGCUCACAUGUACAUGGAUUGGGACCGGGAGAUUCUACCGGCGUUGCAAUCCGCCAACAUGGCUGUCGUACGACGUUGGAUAUCGAAUGACCGAGUGGCGCCUGAUCAGGCGAACAAGGCGCUGGCGGCGCUGGUGGCGGCGGCGCGGCAGUGCAAUUCGGCGUACAACGAAUGCGCCGUCGCCGCCGCCGCCGCCGCCGUCGGCGGCGUCGGUAGCACCAGCAAGCGCAAAUGCGAGUCGCUAACUGAGCAGCUUUUGGCUGACUUGGCUGGGCUGGCGCCUCCGUCGGUGAGUGGCAUAGCACCCUCCGCGGUGGGAGGUACGGCGACGCCGACGGCGGCGGCGGCGGAUCCGACGGCGUCGGGUCGUUCCGUGGCGGACAUUGCGAGGGCGCUGGUGCAGGCGGGUGCAGACGUGAACCUGGUGGUGGCGGAGGCGAAGGAGGUGGAAGGCAAGGAGAAGGAGGAAGGGGCGCCUGUACCUGCCGGCCUGACGGUGCUCAUGCAGGCCGCCGUCAAGGGCCACCUGCCCCUGCUGGAAGUCCUUCUAGACAUGGGAGCAAGAGUUGACGCGGAAGACGCAGCAGGACGUACGGCACUCGACCAUGCCGUACAGUCCCGCCGCCGCUUGGGCCACAACGGCUGUCUGACGCGGCUACUCAUGUCUUACGGCAACCGCCGCCUGGACACCCACCGUACGGCGGCCGGCGAUACCGCCCUCAUGAUUGCCGUACGACUCAUCGACUUGGACGCCGUGCAGUCGCUGCUGGAAACCGGGGCGUCGCCGCUGGCGGCGCCGCCCCCGUCAGGCGACGGCGACGUCGCCAGCCGUAGCCGUACGGCGGUCUACCUCGCAGCGCGGCUGGCUAACCGUGAGCUGCUGGAGGCUCUGCUGCCUGUGGCGGCGCGUGAGGAGGGCGGUCCGACGGCAUGCCGACGGGAGGUGCUGCUCGGGUCUUUGCAUGGCGGGCGGCUGGGACUGCUGGAGGGCUCCCUGGCGCUGUCGGAGCGGCUGACGUCGCUGCCUGAGAUGCCCUCGCCGGCAGCGCUUGCAGAGGCGGUGAGGGAUGGAGCGGCGACGGCGGCGAAGGGCGGAGCUGCGGUGGGCGGGGCGGGGGCGCUGAGCACGAUGGCUGAGUUUUGCUCCCGUCUGUCGCGUCAAGCCGCGCUACGACUGGAGGAGGUCCGGCAGCUCGUUCGGGAGCUCGACGACAUCCCCAAGCCCGCCUCCACCCAAGCCGCCGCUGCUGCUAGCGACGCCGCCUCUUCCACGCCUGCCGCCGCCAGCGACCUGCCUCCGCUGCCGCCACCCGCGGUGUCCCCCGCACUGCUGCGGCGCUACCUGGUGUCGAAGGCUCGGCUGCUGGCGGGGGCGGGGGCGCUUGCGGGGCGGCUGGGGGAGGUGUGCGGCGCGGCGGGGGAGCAGUUGGGCGCGAUGGAGGGGGAGCUGAGGGAGAGGAGGAAGCAGGCCUCCGCAGCCGUCUCAGGCGGCGCGGACGCGCAGGCCCGGCUGCUGGCUGCUCAGUCGCGUCUGGCGGCAGCGCGCGAGGGUGUGGUGCGGGGGGUGGGUGCUGCCGCUGAGAGCGCCGAGGGGCGGAUAGAGGAGCUGCUGCGGAGGCGGCUGGCGGGGCUGGUGGAGGCGGGGAAGAGGGCGGAAGCGGAGGUCGGCUCCCGAGCGGAGGAGCUGCAGGCGGACGUGAAGCGCCGCGCCGCCCGGGCGCUGCGGGAGGUGCAGGAGCGGCGGGAGGAGGGGCUCAGCCGGCUGGGGGCCAUGGAGCACGAACUGGACUCCAUCUGGCUCCGAAGGCAGCGCCAGCUGGCAGGCAAGCCCGCAGCCCAGCGUGACGCCCUCAACGAGGCGGCGGGAGCGCUGCGGCAGCUGCUGGCGGAGCGGCGGGACGAGCUGGCGGCGGCGGCGGAGGCGGCGGUACGGCAGAUUGAGGCGAUGGCGCGGCGCGGUGGAAGCAUGGUGCGGCUGGAUUCGCUGCUUGCUGCGGUGGGGCGGGUGCAGGCGGAGGCGGCGAGGCAGGCGCAGAAGACAGCAGAGUGGGCCAAGCAAGUGGUGCGGGAGCGCGCCUCCGAGCUCCUGACAGCCGCCUCAGUCGCCGACCCCAACAAUCCCAACAACCCCAACGGCACCGCCGCCUUCGCCAACACCAGCAACGGAGGAAUCAACGCAGGCAACGGCAACAGCAGCAACACCGUGUUUGCCAGGGCCGCGCAGUUGCAGCGCAUCCUGGGUCUUAUGACAGCGGAGGUGACCCGUGGGUCGGCCACUGCCGCCGCUGCGUCGUCCAAGGUGCUGGCGGCGCUGACGCAGGCAGCGGCUGCGGCGGAGGAGCGUGUGGGGAGGCGCGUGGAGGCUGCCAGGCAGAAGCUGCAGAUGCAGCUGUCCUCCCUCCUCUCGGGUCACCAAGAGCUCGUUCGCACCCUUCAGUCGCUGGAGGUGUGGAAGGGCAAGACACGGGGGGCGGCAGGCGGGCAGUUUCAUGGCGCAGGGCACAGAUCGGAGGGCGGCGCUGCAGGCGCGCAUGAGGAGGAGGAGGAGGUGGCGGUGCUGGGGGAGCAGGAGGGCGGCGCGGCGCUGCUGCUGCCGGCGGUGGAGGAGCUGCUGGGGGAUCUGGAUGUUAGCCGCGUGCUGGCCGGCGUGGACGCAGUCGCGCCUCCCACUGCCGCCGCACCCGUCCCGCGCGUCUCAGCAGCGGGCGGAAGCUCUGACAGCCUAGGACGCGACUCCCCGGGCCCUGGAACCACCACUGCAACUGCUGCUGCUGGUGCGGCAGCCACGGUCGCAGAUGAUCCCAGCGCCUGGCUUGCACGUGUUGAGGUGGUGGAGGAGCGGGUGGAGGAGGUGUGUCAGGAGAUGGCGCAGGAGCUGAUGCUCACCUUCCCACCUCCGCCCUCCUCCGCCGGCGCCGCAGCUGCGGUCUCGUGGCGAACCGCGGAGGCCGCAGCCAUGAUCUGUGACGCGUUGGAGGCCGCGGACCUGGUGCCGUUGCUGCCGCCUGCUACCCCGCAAGAUGCGGAUCUGCUGCUGCUGGAUCUUAACAAGAGGGCGAUGAGUGUGAGGGACCGGACAAGGACCGGCGUUUCUGGCGGCGGCGGUCACACGGUUUCCUUCGCCGUUGCCCCCUCCUUCGCCGCGGCUCCUUCCUUUGGCGCGGCUACUUCCUUUGGAGGUUACCCGCCUGAAUCCAGCCCUGGAUUCGCCUUUGCCAAGGGCUACGGCUCCUCUGGAAACGAGGGUUAUCUAGCGAGGGCAGCGGCGGCAACUGGAGGCAGCGGGAACCUUAUUGCGGACGAAACGCCGCUGAUGGGGUUGUUGGAUCGAUUGCAAGACGAGCUAGCAGCCUUGGACCUCUCCCAGCCAGCUAGCAAGCUUCGAUUGGAUGUGUCGGACAUCGACUUGUCGUCACUGGGUCAGGCUGACCCACGGGUCGGCAGUGAUGAUGAGGACGAGGGAGAUGCGAAUGGGGCUGUGAAGGAGUGGCGGAAUGCGGGGUACGGCAAGGUGGUUCCCGGAGGGGCACGUGCGAGGAAGCGGGCUGGUGGGGAUGAUUCGGAUGAGGACGAGGAGGAUCAUGGCUAUCAGAACUUUAGUGCGGCGCAUUACGGCGACAGGGCUGAGGAUGAGUUUGCGCGUAGUUACGCAUAGUGCUUCGCCUACUGUUUGCGGGGCAUUGCGGAAUUUGGGCUUGUGAGGUUGUGGAUGGGGUUGAGGGUAAUGCGAAGCGGGUUUGUUAGUAUGAUAUAUAAUUUGGUAAUGGUGACAUGGAAACUUGGUGUGAUAUUACCGAUAUGUACGGAAGACGCAGGGUGAAGUGGUGAGGUCGGCAGGUUGAUGGCUUCUUGCGGGUUGCAGUGUCCAAACCAAGUGUUAUUGUGACCACAGCAUGUCGCAUGAUCAGGGCAAAACGUAGAGCAAGCCGAGUGAGGCCAGCCAGCAUUAAGAGGCAAGCCGGUGGUAUCUUGAGGCUUGCCUAAUCCCAUGAAGUACCUUUGGUUGUUGAUGUUAAAAAAUGGCGUUCGCUGCAGGGUGAUCCCUGAUGUUGGUAUGUUAUCCAGUGUGUGUGGCAGCUUGCUGGGUUAUCAGGAGUAAGGAGCAUCUGCCCUGUUGUGUCUUUUACCGUUACCGCGAUCAACCCCUUCCCGUGCAGCGACGUUCCUUACUUUACCCGUCUAUUACGUGUCGUCGUUCGUUACGAUGCGGUUAGUUUCGUUGAUAUGUCCCGCCAGCGCUGAUAUGCCGCUGGAGCAUUCAUACUCUGCCUUCACCAUGCAUCUUUCCAGCUUGCUCUAUAUAGACACCCCCAAGACCUAUGUACAUAGCCUUUACCUGGGGUGCAUAGUAAUGCAGGUAAUAGUGCGUGGUAUAGAGCGUGAAGCCUCUUGGAUGGGCUUUUAAGGGCAAGAGAAACAGCACAGUAACGUUCGCGGCCUGUCACGGAGCUACUUGCUGUGGCGCCGGAGGUUGGCGGUGGGGGUCUGUGAAUGUGAAUGGGAAGGAAGGACAUGUGGCAUGUGGACAUUCAUUCAUGUGGACAUGUGAGAUAGACUUGCUGGAGGGUACCGGUACCUAAUCCUUACUAUGAUGCUUAAGACGUUUUGAGGAGUUCUGCAUUGUACACCAGUAAUGCGUGCAAGGUAAACAUGGUCAACAUGCUGUGUGCCAUUGGUGCAGCAGCGUCUUUGCCGAUACGGGUCCGCUCCGUAAGUGAGAGCGGAUGACCGUGUUACCGUAGCUGGUGGAGGAAAGUGUGCUAGUAAAUCCCGUAUGUUGUAUUCCGUAUCACGUAUGCCGUAUUCGGCGCAACAAACGCAAGAACUGAAAGGAAGCCCUGUCCAAAGGACACUUAAGUAGGGAGGGGUGUCCUGC